AUGGCAAGCAAGUAUGCGAAUGAUCAGCCGGAGGGGUUCACGAACAAAAUCGAAAGAGUAGCCAUUGUUGGGGCAGGCGGAUCAAUUGGGAAACAUCUUACCGAAGCUUUGGUCAAGACUGGCAGGCACACUGUGACUGCUAUCACCCGCCCAAAUAGCACCAGCAAACUCCCAGAAGGCGUCAAAGUCAUCCAUGUUGACUACAGCGGCGACGACGAUACUGCGCUGGUUGAAGCGCUACAAGGCCAGCAGGUACUGCUUAUCACGAUGGCAGUGACUGCUCCAAGAGGCACGAUCAAUAAGCUUGUCUAUGCCGCAGCCAAGGCUGGUGUACCUUAUGUUCUGCCCAACUGGUUCGGCCAUGACAAUACCAACGACGCGCUUUGUGACGAUAGUAUGCUCAGUCCCAGUCGGGAUAGCAUCAUUGCCGAAUUCAAAGCCCAUGGUACAAUCUCCUAUAUUUUUCUGGUGUGCAAUUUCUGGUAUGAAUUCAGUCUGGGCGGAGGACCUGAUCGAUUCGGUUUCGAUUUCAAAAACCGUUCCUUCAUACAAUUCGACGAGAAAGACGUGGUCUUCAAUACAACCACAUGGCCUCAGUGUGGUCAAGCCAUUGCUAGCCUGCUUAGUCUCAAUGAGCUUCCAGACGACGGACAAGAUAAAUCGCCGACACUCUCCCAAUUCGCCAAUAAUUCUGUUUACAUCUCAAGCUUCCGAUUGAGCCAGCGUGAUAUGUGGGAAAGUGUCAAGCGUGUUACAGGCACUGUCGAUGCUGACUGGACCAUCACUCACGAGUCUGCAGCACAACGCUGGAAGGAGAGCCGUGUUGCUGUGGAAAGGGGUGAAUUUGGUUCUUUCCCGAGGAUGCUGUAUAGUCGCAUGUUCUUUCCUACUGCUGAUGGCGACCUCCAGUCCCGCCAUGAGCUUCACAAUGAUUUGCUUAGGCUGCCAGUUGAGGAUUUGGAUGAGUACACUGCUAUUGCGAUUAGAAUGGGGGAGAAUGAUGAAGUUGUGAAAGCUCACUAG